UGGCGCACAGGCUGGAGCGCAGUAGUUCCAUCGCAGCGCACUCAACCUCCCAGCUCAAGCGAUCCUACCACCUCAGCGUCCGGAGUCACUGGGACUGCAAGCAUGUACCACCACCCUGCCUGGCUGAUUUUCAUGUUUUUUAUAGAGAUAGGGGGUCUCGCCAUGUUGCCUAGGCUGGUCUCGAACUCCUGAGCCCAAGUGAUCCACCUGUCUUGGCCUCCCAAAGUGCUGGGGUUACUGGUGUGAGCCACGGCACCCUCAUAAUUUUUAAUGUAUAUUUUGAGGGAUUUUUGUGAUCUUCCCUUUGAAUUCUCGUCUCCUUAGACUGGGUGGAGGAUCAGGAGGAUUGUGGUUCUCCCACACUCUGUGGAAGGGUGGAGGACCAUCUAACCCUUCCCCUACUCUGCAAAAAAAAAAAAAAAAAAAAAAAAGCAUAGAGCUGGGUGCGGUGGCUCACACCUAUAGUUCCAGCACUUUGGGAGGCUGAGGCAGGUGGGUCUUUUGAGCCCAGAAGUUUGAGACCAGCCUGGGCAAUGUGGUAACACCCUGUCUCUACAAAAAAAUAUGAAAAUUAGCUGGGCAUAUUGGUGUACACAUCUAUAGUCCCAGCUACUUGGGAGGCUGAGAGAGGAGGAUCACUUGAGCCCAGGAGGUCAAGGCUGCAGUGAACUGAGAUCGCGCCAUACUCCAGCCUGGGUGACAGAGUGAGACCUUUCUCAAAAAAAAAAAAAAAAAAGGCUUAGAAACACCCUCAGAUCAGCACUUUUACGAGUAGCAUUUUUUCUCUUCCUUUGUUACAUAAUGAGACCAACAUGCAUUUUGUAAAACUAAGUGCGUGUAUUAUUUGUUAAGGGGACCCCUGGGACAAAGGCUGAGCACCCUUAAAUGAGCUAUGAUGUCUGUCCUUCCAUUUUUGAAGAAAAUUGCGUUAGGCAGGGCAAUGAGAUUGAAAGCCAUUUCCUCAGACAGCAAGUCACCCACUUGUUAGAUAUGUUGUCUGUGCCAGGGCCUGCGUUUGACAGGAUGGCGCCUACCACAGUGAGCGCGCGGUACAGCCGUCCUCCCUUGUUAGAUACAUGGUUUGUGCCAGGGCCUGCGUUUGACAGGAUGGCACCUACCACAGUGAGUGCAGUAUAGCCAUCCUCCCUUAUUUGUGGUUUCACCUUCUGAGGUUUCAGUUACCUCUGGUCAACUGUGAUCUGAAAAUAGGUGAGCAUAGUACAAUAAGAUAUAUAAAGAGACCACAUUCAUAUAACUUUUAUUACAGUAUAUCAUUACAGUUCUCUUUUAUUACUGGCUGCUGUUAAUCUCUUACUGUGCCUAAUCUGUAAGUUAGACUUUUUCAUAGGUAUGUGUGGGAAAAAAGCAGCUUGUAUAGGAUUUAGUAUUAUCUGAAGUUUCAGGCACCCACUGAGUGCCUUGGAACGUAUACCUGUGGAUAUGGGGAAACUGCUGUGCUCUAUAAAAUACUUGACUGUAUAGACCAGACUUUCUCCAACUCAGCAGAGCUGACAUUUGGGGCUGGAUCACCCUUUGUUGUGGGGGACUGUUCUGUGCCUUGUAGGAUGUUUAUAGCAGUACCAGAUGUCUCAGUCGUGAUAAGGAACAAUGUCUCCAGGCAUUGACAAAUGUGCCCUUAGGGCAAAGUUGCCCUCAAUCAAGAACCACUAGUAUAUCCCAUUGAAUAAAACAGCCCCUCCCCUGAAGGAGCUAGUAGAAGAAGGGGUGCUUAGUCUUAGCUGGGGGAGCCAGGUCUCUUUAAUACGGCCCCUUUCUUGGAAUCCUCUUUCCCUCGUUGCUGUUGGAUGGCCUCUCAUCAGCUGCAGCGCUCACCAUUCUCCUUCUGGGCAGUGUCUUCAGCUUGUGGUGCUGUUUUUCACCCGUGUGGCUCCAUCUCCCCCACUGCCCUCUAGGGUGGGCUCCACAAGGUGUGCACCCUGUCUUGCUCAUCACAUCAUUCCUGCUGUUCUCCUCAUGGCGAGCGUCUGGCACACGAGGUGCACCCAGUGAGUGGACAGAUAAGCGAGCCAGAGAAGACCUCACAAGGAAGGUGAUUCUUGGGCAAUUCAGGCGGAAGACCAAGGUAAAAGUAAAGAAGCAGAAAUAAAAAGGAUAAACAAGGAACUGGCAAAUAUCAGAUCAAAAUUUAAAGGUGACAAGGCUCUUGAUGGCUAUAGUAAAAAAAAGUACGUCUGCAAGUUGCUCUUCAUCUUUCUCCUUGGUCAUGACAUUGACUUUGGACACAUGGAGGCUGUGAACCUGCUGAGUUCAAACAGAUACACGGAAAAGCAGAUCGGCUACCUUUUCAUCUCUGUGUUGGUGAACUCGAACAGUGAGCUGAUCCGCCUGAUCAACAACGCCAUCAAGAAUGACCUGGCCAGCCGCAACCCCACCUUCAUGGGCCUGGCCCUGCACUGCAUUGCCAGCGUGGGCAGCCGGGAGAUGGCCGAGGCCUUCGCUGGGGAGAUCCCUAAGGUCCUCGUAGCUGGAGACACUAUGGACAGCGUGAAGCAGAGCGCAGCCCUGUGCUUGCUGCGCCUAUACAGGACGUCGCCCGAUCUUGUCCCCAUGGGCGACUGGACGUCCCGAGUGGUGCACCUGCUCAACGACCAGCACUUGGGUGUGGUAACUGCAGCCACAAGUCUGAUCACCACUUUAGCACAGAAGAACCCAGAAGAGUUUAAAACCUCCGUGUCUCUGGCUGUCUCUAGGCUAAGCAGAAUCGUGACGUCCGCAUCCACAGAUCUCCAGGAUUAUACUUACUAUUUUGUCCCGGCUCCCUGGCUGUCUGUCAAACUGCUGAGGCUGCUGCAGUGCUACCCACCCCCAGAAGACCCUGCAGUGCGAGGCCGCCUGACUGAGUGCCUGGAGACCAUCCUGAACAAAGCCCAAGAACCGCCCAAGUCGAAGAAGGUCCAGCACUCCAACGCGAAGAACGCCGUGCUCUUCGAGGCCAUCAGCUUAAUCAUUCACCAUGACAGUGAGCCGAACCUGCUUGUCCGCGCCUGCAACCAGCUGGGCCAGUUCCUGCAGCACCGCGAGACCAACCUGCGCUACCUGGCCCUGGAGAGCAUGUGCACGCUGGCCAGCUCCGAGUUCUCCCACGAGGCUGUCAAGACACACAUCGAGACGGUCAUCAACGCCUUGAAGACUGAGCGGGACGUGAGCGUGCGGCAGCGGGCCGUGGACCUCCUCUACGCCAUGUGCGACCGCAGCAACGCCCCACAGAUCGUGGCCGAGAUGCUGAGCUACCUGGAGACAGCCGACUACUCCAUCCGAGAAGAGAUUGUGCUGAAGGUCGCCAUCCUGGCCGAGAAGUACGCGGUAGACUACACCUGGUAUGUGGAUACCAUCUUGAACUUGAUCCGAAUUGCUGGUGAUUACGUGAGCGAAGAGGUGUGGUACCGAGUCAUUCAGAUCGUCAUCAACCGAGACGACGUGCAGGGCUACGCGGCCAAGACUGUGUUCGAGGCUCUUCAGGCUCCCGCAUGCCACGAGAACCUGGUCAAAGUGGGCGGCUACAUCCUGGGGGAGUUCGGAAACCUGAUAGCUGGAGACCCAAGAUCCAGCCCGCUGAUCCAGUUCAACCUGCUGCACUCCAAGUUCCACCUAUGCAGCGUCCCCACCCGCGCGCUGCUCCUGUCCACCUACAUCAAGUUUGUGAACCUCUUUCCGGAGGUGAAGCCCACCAUCCAGGACGUACUGCGCAGCGACAGCCAGCUGAGGAACGCAGACGUGGAGCUGCAGCAGCGUGCCGUGGAGUACCUGCGGCUCAGCACCGUGGCCAGCACCGACAUUCUGGCAACUGUGCUGGAGGAGAUGCCCCCGUUCCCGGAGCGGGAGUCCUCCAUCUUGGCAAAGCUCAAGAAGAAGAAGGGCCCCAGCACGGUGACAGACCUGGAGGACACCAAGCGGGAGAGGAGUGUGGAUGUGAACGGGGGCCCUGAGCCUGCCCCGGCCAGCACCAGCACCGUGUCUACGCCUUCUCCGUCGGCAGACCUGCUGGGUCUCGGGGCCGCCCCCCCUGCCCCCGCGGGCCCCCCACCCUCCUCCGGCGGCGGCGGGCUGCUCGUGGACGUGUUCUCAGACUCGGCCUCUGCGGUUGCGCCUCUCGCUCCUGGCUCCGAAGACAACUUUGCCAGGUUUGUUUGUAAAAACAAUGGUGUGUUGUUUGAAAACCAGCUGCUUCAAAUUGGACUUAAGUCUGAAUUUCGGCAGAAUUUAGGUCGGAUGUUUAUCUUUUAUGGUAAUAAGACCUCCACGCAGUUCCUAAACUUCACCCCAACACUAAUCUGUUCAGACGACCUUCAGCCUAACCUGAACCUGCAGACCAAGCCCGUGGACCCGACUGUGGAGGGGGGCGCGCAGGUGCAGCAGGUGGUCAACAUAGAGUGCGUGUCCGACUUCAUGGAGGCGCCAGUCCUCAACAUUCAGUUCAGGUAUGGGGGCACCUUCCAGAACGUGUCUGUGCAGCUGCCCAUCACUCUCAACAAAUUCUUCCAGCCGACAGAAAUGGCGUCUCAGGAUUUCUUUCAACGUUGGAAGCAGUUGAGCAAUCCACAGCAGGAAGUGCAGAACAUCUUCAAAGCAAAGCACCCAAUGGACACAGAAGUCACCAAAGCCAAGAUCAUUGGGUUUGGUUCUGCUCUUCUUGAAGAAGUUGAUCCUAAUCCUGCAAAUUUUGUGGGAGCUGGAAUCAUCCACACGAAAACCACCCAGAUCGGAUGCCUGCUGCGCCUGGAGCCGAACCUGCAAGCCCAGAUGUACCGGCUCACGCUGCGGACGAGUAAGGAAGCCGUUUCUCAGAGAUUAUGUGAAUUGCUCUCAGCGCAGUUUUAGUCAUGAGGAUGGAAGACCAGGCUCGUGUGUCUUGCGUUGUCUUCGUCUGUGCAGUUUGUCUUCGUGGCCAUCCUGCAGAUGAGCACCCUGUGUCCAGUGCCACAGCACAAGGCGCCUCCCCGCCCCGCUGCCCCAGACCUCUCCCUUUGGGCUGGACAGGAACACACGUGUGUGGCUCAGGAGGAAAAGCUCAGCCUGGACUGCGGCAGCCACGGUAGAAGGUGGAUCUUGGGAUCAGUUUUUAUAAAAAUCGAGACAGUUCUGCGGUUAAAUCUACAAAUUAAAGGGAAAUUAGAAGUUGGCGUGAACGUGGCAUUUGUGGGAGUGUCACUGAGAUGGCCUGUGCUGCCGCCCACCCCGCCUCGGAGCCUCUGGGAGCAGCAGUGCUGCCGCGCGUGGUGUGGGCUGAGCCUCGGUGUGUGGCCGUCCUGGUAGCCGCACACCUGGCAUCGUAGUGGGCCCUUGGGAGGAGCACAGCUGCCCCUGGUUUUGCUGCAGUCCCAGAUGGACAGUUUUCCCAGGCAGGAUUUUAAUCUAGAAUUUAGAAACAUUUGUAUUUGUAAUGACUUCUGGCAAAAUCACAUGUCCUGGCUGGAUGUAAUUGUUUUCCUUUCCCAGCUCCUGUUUGUGAAGGGCGUCUAUUAUGCUCCUGCAGUCGCCGAGGCCUUAGAUGUGUAGCCAGGGGAGGAGCGUCCUGCCAGCCCCACGGGGCCCCCAGGACUCCAGGGUAAAGCGUGGGCUGGUGGCGCAAGACUCAGAGGUGUGCUUCUCUUUCCUGUCAGAGUGGGCAUCCCCAGGCCACGGUGCAGGCCUGAGUCCUUCCACCGGCCCCGUCCAGUCGUCCCUGGAGGGGCUGUGGAGGAGGGAAGCCUCUGUGUGGUCAGGAAGUGAGGGGGCCAUUGGCCGCAUGCUGUGUGUCACCUGUGGCUUGUGUCUCACCUGUCAUCUGGACUCAGCACCCAGGCUGCACGUCUGACACCUGAGAGGCGAGAGAGUGGGGCUGGCCUAGGAGCCAAGGCUGGGGCCUUGCGCUCUGUCCCCAGGAUGGUGGCCUUGUUUGUCCUAAACACACCCAGCACGGGUUCUGGCUUCCUGACAUGCUGUGCAGGCAGGGAGGGUGGGUGGCCACACGUGCUUGAGGGUUUUCACCCUGGCCCUCAGCUGCCUGCUGUGCGGGUCCCUGGGGCAGCUGCAGGGGCUCACGGACCCAUCAGGGUCUCCACAGCUCCCCUGCAGUGUGUGCAUCCCACGUUGUCUGUGGCUCUCCUUCCGGCGUGUCGGGCUUUGAUCACAGGAUAGCCAUGUCAGUGGCGUGCGCCUCUCGCACUGGCCGUUCUGGGUCUGGUGGUGCCAGGUGUCGUGACAUGCCGUGCUGGGCUUGUUCUGCAGCUGGGUGGUGUGGCCCUCAUUCUCAUGUUCCAGCUGCUGGGCAGUGCUCUGCCCGUGUGCUGCACCUGCAGGCCGCGUGUGCUGCCGUGGAUCUCCUGCAUCCCUUGACCCCUCCCGCCAUCAGAGGAAAGGCUGCUCCCCGAGGCACCGCUUCCCUGUGCGGCACUGCAGAGGGGCCCUCAGUGUGGCACUCCUCGUCAAAGAAAAAUAAAGGCUAGAACAGUA